AUGGAGGAAAGUACCAAAUCCAGCAAUGAAUCAAUCAAAAAUGAAGUUUGGAAAGCAGAACAAUCAAUCGCUGGAAAUUCUGAAGCACUCCAAGCUCUUCGUGAACUCAUCGCUUUUCCUCUGCUCUACUCUUCUCAUGCUCAACUCCUUGGUCUCAAAUGGCGUCGCGGCUUGUUGCUCUAUGGUCCUCCGGGCACCGGUAAGACAAGCUUGGUACGUGCUGUGGUCAAGGAAUGUGAUGCCAAGCUAAUCGUUAUUAGUCCACAUACUGUUCAUAGAGCUCAUGUUGGAGAAAGUGAGAAAGUCCUUCGUGAGGCUUUCUCAGAAGCGUCAUCUCAUGCAAAGUCAGGCAAGCCUUCUGUCAUUUUUAUUGAUGAGAUUGAUGCUCUCUGUCCUCGUCGUGCUUCCAGAAGAGAGCAAGAUACUCGAUUGGCCUCCCAACUAUUUACGCUUAUGGAUUCAAAUGGACCCACCUCAACUGCACCUCAGUUUGUUGUUGUAGCAUCAACUAACAGGAUUGAUGCUAUUGAUCCAGCACUGAGAAGAUCAGGACGAUUUGAUGCUGAAAUUGAGGUGACAACCCCUAAUGAGUAUGAGCGCCUUCAAAUAUUGAUGUUGUAUACCAGGAAGCUUCCACUUGAUCCCAGUACUGACUUACAAGCAAUAGCUGCGUCAUGUAAUGGAUAUGUUGGGGCUGAUUUGGAAGCUUUAUGUCGUGAGGCAGCCAUGUCUGCUGUGCAGAGAUCAAAAGCUAUCGUGGAAAAUGAUGAUAUGUGGUGCAUCACAAUGGAUGAUUGGAAGCUUGCAAGAUCUAUAGUUGGUCCAAGCAUAACAAGAGGUGUCACUGUAGAAAUCCCUAAGGUGUCUUGGGAUGAUAUCGGGGGACUAAAUGAGCUGAAGAAAAAGCUUCGGCAGGCAGUGGAGUGGCCUAUUAAACAUGCUGGUGCUUUUUCAAGGAUGGGUGUAUCUCCUAUUCGAGGGAUUCUUCUGCAUGGACCUCCUGGAUGCUCAAAAACCACCCUUGCUAAAGCUGCAGCUCAUGCAGCACAAGCUUCUUUUUUCUCCUUGAGUGGUGCAGAGCUAUAUUCAAUGUAUGUUGGUGAAGGUGAGGCUUUGUUGCGGAACACAUUUCGGAGAGCACGGCUAGCAGCACCUAGCAUUUUAUUCUUUGACGAAGCUGAUGUCAUUGCUGCAAGGAGAGGUGGGGGUUCAAGUGGCAAUAUAUCUGUUGGAGAGAGGCUUCUGUCAACAUUGCUGACUGAAAUGGAUGGUUUGGAGCUGGCAAAAGGAAUACUUGUAUUGGCUGCCACAAAUCGACCUCAUGCAAUUGAUCCUGCACUUAUGCGUCCAGGGCGAUUUGAUUUGGUACUCUAUGUUCCACCUCCAGAUUUGGAAGGUCGAUAUGAGAUACUACGUGUGCAUACAAGAAAUAUGAAACUAGGAGCUGAUGUCAAUCUUCAACAAAUAGCAGAUGGCACUGAUCUAUUUACAGGUGCUGAGCUGGAGGGCCUUUGUAGAGAAGCUGGAAUUGUAGCUUUGAGGGAGGAUAUAUCUGCAACCAUUGUGAGUGAUCGACAUUUCCAGACAGUGAAGAAUUCCCUAAAACCUGCAUUAACAAGGAAAGAAAUUGAUUCAUACUCCAGAUUCACAAAAAGUUCUGCUUUGCAAUUGCACCAAGUUCAGUCCAGCACCGAAAAAACCAGCAAAAGCUCAGGAAAAAGCUAUGUUCCUGUGUCUAUUAGUACAAUUACAAUUAGUGUUGUAAGCUUGUUGGUAGUUGCUGCUGCAAAGUAUUUUCCCUGGAGUACAGACCAAAGUCUGCCUAAAACAGCAGCUUCUUGAAAACUAUAGCAUCAUACGAAGUAUCUUACACCAUUACCCUGUUAACUUUGUUCAAGUGAAAAUCUGAAGGCUGAUAAAAUCUUCAAAUCUAUUUGCAGCCUUUUUUUGUCCUGUUUGCCUUUUAACUCGUAAAAAAUUUCAUAGUAAUACAUGUGUUUUACUGUUUAUAAAAGGAUCGAGAUCCAUUGGAAGAUGUUGAUUCCAUCAGUUACCCAAUUUAGCAGUGUUUUAUAUUGGUCUCUACUCUUCCCUACCUAUAGGCUAUAGCAACCUUCUUCCCUCUAUACUACUCUCAAAGCUUCAUUGUUAGAAAGUCAUCGUCUAAUGAACGCACUCUGAAACCUA